AUGUUACGUCUUACCGCCAUCACGGCGGUAGGUGCUACCCGUCGAGCUGCCCAGGCAGGCUUGCACCUCCAUUGCUCGAGGUUCCUUGCUGCCAGAGACUACAGCACCGCCGAAAGCUCCUUCUCCAUUCACGUUCCCAAGGCCAGCAAACGAGUCAGAACGCGGCAGUCAUCAAGUGGUAAUCAGAACUCCGAACGCUCGCCUUGGUACAGCUCAGCUCAGCGCAGCAAACCGAGAUCCAGUACUUCCUCUACACCUCGAAGCAAGCGCAUCCUCGCACUUGCGCCUACACGGACAGCCUUACCCGUAUCGGUACAGCACAAAAGCUCAGAACUAGUUGCUCUACAAAAGGCAAUCGAUGGCCAAGAUCUGUCCGUGGUGUCGUCAGCAUGGCAAGCACUGGGCAAUCAAGUCAUACGACUCGGUCAAGCCGAACACGAAAAGCUGCUUCAACUUUGCUCCUCCAGUCUUUCCAGCACCCGAGACGCACAUCACGCUCAGAAUUGGCGCCCCCUCUUCAGCCAAUUUGCCAGCGUUGCUUCUCUCACCGGCCAAGUCGACCUCAUCAGUGGAUGGUUCCGACUUCUUCUUGCUAACGGCCAAUCAGAGCUUGUCGUCAAUCUCUGGCAGAACAUCGUCCGCGCACGUCUCGACAACGGACCUCAACAGAUCGACUCUGUGACCGAUGACUCGGAUUCUAUGUCAGAUACAGGAGCUGGUGGCGAUUCAUUCAUUCGUCUCGACGUAUCUACCGAUGGCGAGAGAGUCGACAUCCAUGACCUCGUUUGCCUCGUUGCGUUUUCAUGUGCCCAUUCUAUCCGAGCUGCCGACUUCGUAGAUCUGUUCGACAAGGUGGAAUUUGGUUCUCCUUUUCGUCUAUUCUUUCAAAUGCCUCGGGCAAAGCGUCUCUACAAUUCCAUCCCAGUCUCCUCCUUGGUCAAGCUCAACAAGUGGGACACGGCGCAAUCACUACUUGGCGAAGUCGAGCUCGCCCGCGGCCUCUCUUCUGGCUCGGGUGGUCCCCAGCGGAUUGCGAGAUUAUUAGGCUCCCUGUUCCAACUGCAUCAGAUCGACGAAGCGUUCACUGUCUUCAGCACGGCUAUGCGGGUCUCUUCCGGACCCCAUGCUUGGCUCACACUCCAAGCGCCUCACAAAUUCCCAACUUCUCUUCCACCGUCGUCAAGGGCUCAGUGGACCGAGAGUUGCUGGUCCGUAUGCCUUUCCAACUUCAUCGCCACCGGUCGCACCGACCUUGCCAUGGAUGUCUGGACCAAGUUUCAGCAAAGACGGCUGGUCCCAACCCCUUCCAUCUGGAAUUCCUUGUUGGACGGCUAUGGACGCGCCAACAACCCCACUGCCGCCAAGCAGACCUGGUCAGCUGCUCUUAACUCGGCAAGUCAAGACCCAUCGUCAGCGCUGAACCUGCCCGACGAACAGAUGUACACCACCAUGAUCAACAUCCACUUCAAGGCAAGAGAGACCGACGAAGCAAUGGCACUUCUCUCGGAUAUGGUAGCAAAGAGUGACAGGCACGGAGGGCGUCUGCACGUCCGAGCCGAGACCUUCAACGCUGCUCUGCAUGGACUGUUCCUCAAUCAGAGACCGACACAGGCGCAGACUCUUCUGAACCAGAUGCUUUCCAAAGGUCCAGUUCCCAAUAUUGGAACCAUCAACACCCUGCUUCGGUCAUAUGCACGCGUUGGAGAUCUCGAAUCCAUCGUCUCAAGCUUGCGUCUCGCCGAGAAGCUCAAGCUAGAACCCGACGUCGUGACAUUCACCACAAUCCUCGAUGCGCUACUUCGCAAAGGUGGCGAGUCGGCUACAGCGUCCGUCGUCAGAACGCUAGAUAUUAUGAGCGGCAUGGACGUGCAGCCCAAUGUCGUCACUUACACGGCUCUGAUGAAAGCCUGUCUGGUCGGUGCCGAAGCAGCACAGCUGGACAUAGCAUCGCAGGGCUUGUUCGGCAAUUCGGCGCAACGAAAGGGACAACAGCCUUCAACGAACGACGCACGCAUCGAAGCUGCGCUGGAAGUGCUAGAUCGAAUGCUCAAGGCCAAGGUGGCGCCAUCCGAGAUCACGUACAGCGCUCUCAUCGGAGGAUGUCUGCAGAAUCCAGAUGCCGUCGCACAUGCAUUCGCUACCAAGACGGUGCCGAAUCACUACUGCCAUCCUCCAAAGCCUCUACAUCGGCUCGGGGAGAACGCCCAAACUGUUCAACGAUGGUCGAACGAAUCACCUCAAGUCUCUCUAGCCUUGCUUUUGCUCGAGCACAUGAAAGGCCGCGGCCUGCCACCAACACCCACCACAUUCCGCUACCUCAUCGAAGGGCUGUGCAGCACGCACACCGACCAAGCUGCCUUCAUUCGGGCCAUGGACCUAAUCGACGACAUGCUGCUUCGAGGACCGGUCUCGGAUCCAGCACGAAAGUUGGGACCCUUUGCAUCGAUGGCUCUCAAAGGCAAAGAGGUAUCUCCUCCUACCUUGCAUGCGCCGAAUCACCGGGCUUGGAUCAUCGUCUUCAGCUCCCUGCUCGAUCGACUCGAAAAUGGACCGCGGGACAAGGUCGCCAUCACGAGCGGCGCGAGAGCACUGAGUACGGCCAUACGUCUUGUGCGCGAGAUGGGUUCAUUGGCCGGUGCCGAAGGCGGCAUGUCGCUGUCGCGUCUUGUCGAGCGGGCAGCCUCGCUCACAUCCAAGAUUGGUCGUUGA